AUGAAAAAGUUGGUGAUUCCGGGUGAGUGUGGUUUCAUUGCUAAACUCAACGAGGGUCGUCACCUCAAGAAGAGACCAACCGAGUUCAGAGUCGAUAAGGUUCUUCAGCCUUUUGACGGAAAUAAGUUCAACUUCACUAAAGUUGGACAAGAGGAGGUUCUGGUUCAAUUUGAAGCUAGUGAAGACGAUGAAGUCCAGUUCCAUCCAAAUGCUGCGGUUGAUGUUGAGAAUUCUCCAAGUUUCGUUGCCAUCAACGUUAGUCCUAUUGAGUAUGGGCAUGUUUUGCUGAUUCCCCGCAUUUUCGAGUGUUUGCCUCAAAGGAUUGAUCACGAGAGCUUACUGCUUGCGCUUCACAUGGCAGCUGAAGUCACUAAUCCAUAUUUUUGUUUGGGUUACAACAGCCUCGGUGCGUUUGCAACUAUUAACCAUCUUCACUUCCAGGCUUAUUAUUUGGCUAUGCCCUUUCUUAUCGAGAAAGCUCCCACUAAGAAAAUUGCAAGCUAAACAAUAAAAAUAAAUUAGUUUGGAAGGUAGCAAUAAUAUAAGUAGUAAAAUGAAAUUUAUAAGAAAGAUGAUAUACACUAAAAAUAUUUUCCCCUCCUCCCACAGACCAGACUCCAUAGGGCUUUGUUGUGACAAAGCCAAA